AGAAGUGCUUCGCGACGGCAGCGACUUACGGCAGCAGCGUGACUUACGGCUUCCCCCUUUGUGCUACCCAGUACUGGUAGUCUGGAGGGAUGACCCAGUCAGUGGUCGUCCAGGUCGGCCAAUGCGGAAACCAGAUUGGCUGCUGCUUUUGGGACCUGGCACUGAGGGAGCACGCCUCUGUCAAUCAGAAAGGCAUUUAUGAUGAGGCCAUAAGCAGCUUCUUUAGGAAUGUAGAUACCAGAGUGGUUGGUGAUGGUGGCAGUAUAUCCUGGGGAAAAAUACGUUCUUUAAAAGCACGAGCUGUCUUGAUUGACAUGGAAGAAGGGGUCGUGAAUGAAAUUCUUCAGGGACCGUUGAGAGAUGUAUUUGAUAGCAAACAGCUUAUUACUGAUAUUUCUGGCUCAGGAAAUAAUUGGGCUGUUGGUCACAAAGUGUUUGGCAGUCUUUACAAAGAACAGAUUCUAGAAAAACUCAGGAAGUCGGCCGAGCACUGUGAUUGCUUGCAGUGUUUCUUUAUAAUACACUCCAUGGGAGGAGGAACAGGAUCUGGACUUGGCACAUCUCUUUUAACGAUGCUGAAAGAUGAAUUCCCAGAAGUAUACAGAUUUGUGACUUCCAUUUAUCCUUCGAAUGAGGAUGAUGUCAUAACCUCACCUUAUAAUAGCAUGUUAGCAAUGAAGGAACUGAAUGAGCAUGCAGACUGUGUGUUGCCCAUUGACAAUCAAUCUUUAUUUGACAUCAUUAGCAAAAUUGACCUCAUGGUGAGUUCUGGAAAGCUGGGUACAAUUGUGAAGCCAAAGAGUCUGAUUACUUCAAAUGCUGAGGCUUUAAAAAAGAGACACAAGAAGCCCUUUGAUGCAAUGAACAACAUUGUAGCAAAUUUGCUACUCAAUUUAACAAGCUCUGCAAGGUUUGAAGGGUCCCUUAAUAUGGACCUUAAUGAAAUCAGCAUGAAUUUAGUUCCUUUUCCUCAACUUCAUUAUCUUACAUCAAGCCUGACCCCUCUGUAUACACUGGCAGAUGUCAACAUUCCUCCUCGAAGGUUGGAUCAGAUGUUUUCAGAUGCUUUCAGUAAAGAUCACCAGUUAAUUCGAGGAGACCCCAGACACAGUCUCUACCUUGCCUGUGCCCUCAUGGUUAGAGGAAAUGUACAGAUUUCAGACCUUCGCCGAAAUAUUGAAAGAUUAAAACCUGCCCUGCAGUUUGUCUCCUGGAAUCAAGAAGGCUGGAAGACCAGCCUAUGUUCAGUGCCUCCUGUGGGCCACUCACAUUCAUUAUUAGCUUUAGCAAAUAACACAUGUGUGAAACCAACCUUCAUGGAGCUGAGAGACAGGUUCAUGAGGCUAUACAAGAAAAAGGCUCAUCUCCAUCACUAUCUACAAGUUGAAGGGAUAGAGGAAAGCUGCUUCUUAGAGGCUGUGUCGUCUUUGUCAGCCCUCAUACAGGAGUACAACCAACUGGACACUACAAGGAGCAUGCCAGUGCAGGAUGUACCACGGCUAAGUGUAGCUGUGUGACAGAGCCAAAAAAAUACUGCUGUUCCUUUUUCCUACUCUCACACUGUAUUCCUCACCUUACUACUGCUGCAUGUCUGUGACUCAGAAUGCCCAGUUGGUUUUUAUUUUAUCAGGAAGCAUUUUGUCUUCAAAGGGCCUCCUGUUUGACCAGAAUUUGUUGAUAAUGCUUGUGUGUGAAAUGGGUGGAGUCCCACCACCUUCACCCCAUAUUGUGUCAAAAAUCAAGAGAAUAGAGUUCCUGAACAGUUUACUUUAUUGAGAGCCUUGUAUUUAGAUUUUUAUACACAGAUAAUUUUGUCUUUGAUUAAAAAUACAUUUAAAAUAAUAUUUUUAUUUAUAACUUAUAUUGUGAUAUAUUUUCCACAUAAUUCCACUAACUUUUCAGGGAUUUUUUUCCCUUUUGUACUCAAAAGUAUCAUAAUGUAAACAUUGUGUAUUUAUACUAAAUUAUUUUUAAAUAGCUUUCCUGUCAAAUCACUUGGUUUUGUAAUAAACAGUUUAAAAACAUUUUAAAUGCCACUUGUUGCAACUGUUUUGAAUGCCAUCAUUUAUAUAAAUGAGCAGAAUAUUACUAACCUUAAUACCUUCUUCCAUCUCUAUCAUGAAAUUGUUCCAGUUAAUAUAUUCUCUAGACUGACUCUUUAAUAACAUUUGAAUCACAUUUCAGACACAUUAGGUUCAUUUACCUCAUAAGGAAAUAAGUUUUAGAAACAAUUUCUUUUAAGUUUCUUUCCUUUGCAAAGCAAUGAUACUGUUCUUGGUCUUUAUCUUGGAAAUUAGUUUAUUAUUUGGGACAAAAACUUCUAGAUCAAAGAUAUUGAGAGUAAUCCAGAAGUUCAUUCUCUCCUUCCCAGAAGAAAUUUUAGCUAAUAUCUUCUAUGGUAU